GGCUACGUGGAGUGGAGCGAGCGCGAGGCGCGCGGCACCAACCUCAAAUGCCAGACCUCGCUCGUGUACGUCGCCAGGCCCUACCUCGAUGGCGUCAACGUCACCGAGCGCAGGAACCUCGUCUACAACUUCAGGAGUCUACUUGCCCGCGACCAGAAAGGCCACCUCAUAGCCGGGCUCUAUUUCCCGGUGGGGGGCCGCGGCAAGGACGCGCAGUUCACGCUGUUCUUCGACACAGGCACUGAGAAACAUAAGACCAAAUAUAAGUUCAACACCUUUAUCGAUCCGGAUGCUAUACCAAAAUCGAUAUCCGAGAAAGUGGAUAUUUGCAACGCGCUGUUGAAUUACAAGAAAGGUGAGUUACGGAGUAUUAUCUGCCGGCUGGCGGUGGUGAUCUCCGACCAGAGCUUCAUCGACCAGCUGCUGGAAAUCAACGAUGACAUUUGCCGCAUGUGUCUCUGACAGGCGCGUGACGGCGGCAACAUGGCCGCCAAUCCGCGCCAACACGCAACAU